CCCUAACCACCACCGGUAUAAAUAACGGAGCAGAGCUCCGCGCACUUUGGUAACGCAAACAUCGCAUCUUUUCUUCAUGGCCCUCUCUUCGAUCGCCGUCGAUCCCGUCGCCCUCUGCGGCGGCGGUAGCCGGAGUCGGAUCUGGAGUUCCCUCACUCCCUCACACUUGGCCCCUUCGGCUGGGUUCGGCUGGCGUAGGAAGGCCUCCGCUGCUGCUGCCUCCAGAACUGUGUCGGCCACCGCGGCCCCAACGGCCGUUGAAGAGGUCGGCCAGGGGGAUGUCUUCGAAAGGGUGGCGUCGCUGAGUCAGGUUUCCGCCGUGCUAGGCACGCAGUGGGGCGAUGAGGGUAAAGGGAAGCUCGUCGAUAUCCUUGCAAAGAGCUUUGAUGUCGUUGCGCGUUGCCAGGGUGGUUCAAAUGCUGGACAUACCAUUUACAAUGAUGAGGGUAAAAAAUUUGCACUCCAUCUUGUUCCUUCUGGAAUUCUGAAUGAGGAAACUCUCUGUGUUAUUGGUAACGGAGUUGUUGUUCAUCUUCCUGGUUUAUUUCAAGAAAUUCAUGGUCUGGAAUCCAAUGGAGUUUUAUGCACUGGAAGAAUAUUGGUGUCUGAUCGUGCCCAUUUGUUAUUUGAUUUUCACCAAGUCGUAGAUGGAUUGAGAGAAGCCGAGCUUGCAAAUUCUUUUAUUGGAACAACCAAAAGAGGAAUCGGUCCAUGUUAUUCAAGCAAGGUUAUACGGAAUGGAAUAAGGGUUUGUGACCUCAGACACAUGGAUACGUUUGCACAGAAGCUUGAGAUUUUAUUGAGGGAUGCUGCAUCUAGGUUUGAAGGAUUUGAAUAUACUACUGACAUUCUUAAGAGUGAGGUUGAGAAGUACAAAAGAUUUGCAGAGAGGUUAGAACCUUUUGUUGCUGAUACUGUUCAGGUGAUAAAUGAGUCAAUUUUGCAAAAGAGGAAAAUAUUGGUUGAAGGUGGUCAAGCAACUAUGUUGGAUAUUGAUUUUGGAACUUAUCCAUUUGUGACCUCUUCUAGUCCCUCCGCUGGUGGAAUUUGCACAGGAUUGGGGAUAGCUCCAAAAAACCUUGGUGAUCUUAUUGGUGUUGUGAAGGCUUACACAACCAGAGUUGGUUCUGGUCCUUUUCCAACAGAAAUAUUGGGCAAAGAUGGUGACCUUCUUAGAGAUGCUGGGAGGGAGUUUGGAACAACUACUGGUCGUCCUCGCCGCUGUGGCUGGCUUGAUAUAGUUGCAUUGAAGUAUUGCUGUCAGAUCAAUGGUUUUUCUUCUCUGAAUCUCACCAAGCUUGAUGUGCUAUCUGAACUUCCAGAAAUCAAGCUUGGUAUUUCAUAUCGGCAAACUGAUGGCGAAAAGCUCAAGUCAUUUCCUGCAGAUCUCAGUCUUCUUGAGCAAGUACAGGUCGAUUAUGAAGUGCUACCUGGGUGGAACAGCGAUAUUUCAUCUAUCCGAAAGUACAACGACCUUCCCUUAGCCGCUCGUCAGUAUGUUGAGCUGAUAGAACAGCUUGUUGGUGUUCCCAUUCAUUACAUUGGUGUCGGACCUGGACGUGAUGCCAUUAUUUGCAAAUGAUUCGGGGCUGGCUAUUUCUUUACACAUUGGGCGAUCAUUUUUAAGCUUCAAGCACAUUCGAUAGCAUUCUAAUCAAUCAAGUCGUUUCGUUCCAUUAGCAUUCUAAAGAUACUAAUCAAUGUCUUUUGAAUCUAAAACUGAGAAAAGUCCAUGUAAUAAGCUUUACCUUGGUGUGGCACUGUGUUUUUAAUUUAAGCCUGCAGGCUCGUCUUAUAAGAUGACAGCAAGAACUUGGCAACUUAAUAAUGCAGCAGGAUUUAACCUGAUCUAAGUCAUCUUUAA